GGUUGGUGACGCACAGCGCCGCGGGGCGGGGCAGGGCAGGGUAGGGCAGCGGCGCGCGGGCCCUGUACGGCGGCGGAGCGCGGAGAGAUGGGGCCGGGGCCGAACGCCGGCGCGCGGGUUGAAUGGAUUGCUGCAGUCUCCUUAGCUGCUGGAGCUGCUGUUGUUGGGUACCUAGCUUACAGAAAAUUUCUCUCUAAAGACAAAUGCUGCAAAGCAAUGGUGAAUCCCCAUAUCCAGAAGGAUAACCCCAAGGUAGUCCAUGCGUUUGAUAUGGAAGAUCUGGGAGACAAGGCUGUGUACUGUCGUUGCUGGCGAUCUAAGAAGUUCCCGCUGUGUGAUGGCUCUCACACAAAGCACAACGAGGAAACUGGUGACAACGUUGGGCCUCUGAUCAUCAAGAGGAAGGAGGUGUAGAGUGGACAGUAGAAGCUACAAAAUGAAUGUCUGACAAAUCCUCUGCUCACUUGUAAUUGGGGGAAAACCCACAAAUUCUUUGUGAUGUCACUGAAGACUUUCCUGUGUAGUAUAUACAUGAGGCUUCAGCAUGUGUAUUUUCUCUGGUGCUUGUCUUGUUUUAAUCACUACAAUGCAUAAUUUACUAUAUAGUCAUGGUUUAAAUUUUUUGUCCUGUAAAGUGUGAGUACCCUCUCAUUGAGUAUGAAACUCAAAUGACGCACAGAAUGUACUUCAUCAGAAAGUAGGUAUUAAAUUAUUUUCAAAUACAUGUGUACUACUCUGAGGCUAUUCAGUAGAAUGUGUGUUCAAAAGGUAGAUCCUAAAAUCUGGGAGAGGUUCUGAAAUCACAGGUCUGGAUAGAUUUCUGUGUAAAAGACGGUGGCAGGAAAGAAAUCACGGUGCCAAAAUGCUGCUUAACCUCUGAUUAUGCUGCAUUUUCUGCAGGUGUCACGUUUGGCUUAUUACAUUACUGUUCUGUGUGGCAUCUGUAAAAGAACAAAAUCAAAAUUGCUAGCUACAAAGAGACAACAUAAAAGGCUUAUAACGAGGUGGGCUAAAGGGCAGCUUUACCUUUAAUUUUACAGCAGUGUUGAAACUUGACCCUACUACCGUAUGGUAUCAAGAACAUACUACCAGAACUACAGACCUGUAUUUAGAGUAGGAUUAGGAAGAUGGUCUCUGCGAGAGCUUUCUUAAUAGACAAAUGGAAUGAUACGAAGUGCUCAGUGAUGGGCAGAGGGUGGCAGGGUUGUCUUUGCUGCUGGAAAGCCUUAGUUUCACUUGCAGACUUCAGCAGUGAAGCUAACUUCCCCUGACCACAGGAGACUUCUGUGGGGGAGCCUAUGCUGACUUACUCCAGAAGCUAAAAUAAAAACUAAAACCCCGCCUGUCAUUACUGUCUGCUUCAUCAUUGCUCUGGCUGGUUCUAGAGGACUCUUCCCACUGCAGAGGGAGGAGGCACACCUUUCUAACUAAGUGGCCUUAGGCGCUAUGUGUCUUAAAUAACUCCUGCCUUCCUGGGCUAACUGUUCAUGUGGUUCAGCUAAUUUUACCAAAAGAACUGACAUGGACAAGGCAAGACUGGUGACAGCUAAAAACGAGGGGGAAAUCAAGGAUGAGACAAGGAGAGUUCUUACCUGCCUUUCGUAUGGCACUUGUCUGCCUCGUCUGACAUGGAUGUAUUAAUGGCUGUCAUGUUGGUUUCCUUAAAUUAAAUAACUUGAUUUAAUAACAUGCAAAUGGCUACAAAGCAAAACCCAAAGAGUGGCGUGGCAGAGGACAGUUUUGUGUUAGACCUGGUCCAUUAGCAUAAUUACAGCCUGUGUAAGAUAGAUCACUCAGUGUCCUGGGACAGAGAGACUACCUCAGAGCUAGACGAAAGGCCUUUACAAGAAGCUGACAUUUGAACCUGGACCCCUAAGGAUUGUUCCAGAUGAUUGGGGCAGUAGAGGUGUUUUUGUUUUGUUUUGAAGGGUGUGGUUGGUAUGACUGGUUAAGAUUGAAGAAAAUGUUUUUCAUAUUCUCAGUGUGGGACUGUCAGAGGCUGAGAUCUUAGCCGACUGCUCUGCACUUUGGCAGAAGGCACAAAAAGUAGAGAAAGGGCACGGAGGUAGAGGAAUAGGGUUUGCAGGUGGAGUGCUAUAGUAGGGGCAACUACGGAGACAUCUCUACUUGUAAGAAGUUGCAGUCAAAUAUGUUCAAUCUUUUUAUCAAGACCUUUACCAAGGCAGGAAGAAGGUCUUUGAUAUUUUUUACUUGGCCGAGUACUGAUGCAUAUGGGAAGUUGUUUUAACUUUAAAUUAUCAAAUACAUUGCUUUUAUCCAAAACAAAGUUAGUUCUGUAUUACUAGAACAUGACACUGGAUAUUUCUAUUUUUGUCAAAUACACGUUUGAGCUCAUCUUAAUCUUGAGGUUGCAACGUUUGUGUUCUCUCAUGGGUGUGCUGUUUCUUUCAAGGGAGAGUUACACUGUAAGUAGUGCUGCGCGCCAAUGCUGUUGUAAUCAUAAACCUCUGUCUGGGUUGGGUUUUCCUUUGGAGACUUCCUUUCCUGUUGGGAGCAAAGCCUUGCUGCUCUUUAAGGAAUAAAAGUUCACUGAAAACUGCAUUAAUGUUCUGAGAGAUGAAGUCCUGAAGUUUCAGAUGAGUCUCCUGAGUCAUAAAAGCAUUUCCUGGAGGUUGGGCAUUAGGGAAGCAGGCUCCACAAUAAGAUUUUUGUUCCUGGGAAGCAAAGAUGUAGGACCUGAGUCUUUGCUGAUUUACAUCCUGGUGAAUUUGUUUUGGAGAAGUGUCACAUGUAUAAAUGUUGACACAAAGUGGUUAAAUUUUACUUUGAUGCACAUACAAUUUUAUGUACCCAAAAGUUCCUGUUACUGAUGUAUGUGAGCUGCUUGAACGUGAUAGUGAAAAGAAAUACCUGAAUUUGAGUAUACAAAUUUGCCAGCUUGAUGAGCAUCACAGAGAACACUUGGUUCUUUUUUUUUUCCUUAGUACCAUAGUAGGUUAUCGUGUUCUGAUGGUCUGAGUGCGCCAGUGUUUUCUGAAAUCUCUGUUCUUUAGUGCUUUCCUCAAAUAAUCUCUAGAAUAUGAAGCGAAUUGGCUAGAUCUUUGACAAGUUUUAACCAUAAAGCAAUUCUUCUGCAAAUGUGUGGUUUUCGCAUCACAUUGAAAUUCCUACACGGAAAUGUGGUACAAAUCCUUCAUAUUAAAGCAGUGAAGGAUUCCUGUCCCAGACUAAAACUGUAUUUCUGUUCUACAUUGGUAUUUUUCAACGUGUUUGUUAGGAAGGUGAACAAAUUAAAGUAUUGAUUCUGCAGUAA